AUGUUGACGGAGAUUUUAGGAGAAGUGCGCACACUAAAACAGCAAAUCGGUAGACUAACAGAGGAAGUGAUAACUGUAAGAAAUGAAGUGCGUCAGUUAAAAUUAAUUUAUUCUGAGGAAAUUAAAACCAAUUUAGUGCCACCUUUACCCCUAAAAACUGUAAAACAGUUAGAAGAAUUACAUAAACAAAUAGAAGAGAACGUGGAUAUUGUAGCUCAAUUGAAAUACGUUAUUGGUGUCUGCCAUUCAAAAUUUCCGAAAGCUGAUGAUGCAGGAAUAAAUAAGGUAUUACAACAACAUUUUGUUCAUGCUGGUGACCGUCUCAGAAAGAGUGACCGAACCAAAAAGAUUGAUGAAGCCAAGAAAAUUGACGAUUUGGCUGAAAAAUAA